UUUUCAAGAAAGAACAAUACAGAAGAACUUAAACAAACAUUUAUAAAAAAAAUAAGUGAAAGUGUUUUUUUAAUAAAUUAUUAAAAGAUUUAAUGCAUUAGUUUAAAAUUAAAUAUAACAAUUUAAAUAAAAUAAACAAAAUGAAUAGUUCUUUAAGAAUUGCCAUUAUUGGCCAAAGUAAUUUUGCCGCCGAUGUUUUGACUUUACUUCUGGAGAAACGUUACAAUGUGGUGGGUGUCUUCACUAUAGCGAAUAAGGGUAACCGUGAAGACAUUUUAGCCACUACCGCUAGCCAGUAUAAUAUACCGGUAUUUAAAUUUUCAACAUGGCGUCGCAAAGGUGUAGCCAUACCAGAAGUAUUAGAACAAUAUCGUUCAGUGCAGGCAAAUCUUAAUGUUUUGCCUUACUGUUCUCAAUUCAUACCCAUGGAGGUAAUAGAUGGUGCGGAAUUAGGUAGCAUUUGCUAUCAUCCCUCGAUAUUGCCCAGGCACAGAGGAGCUAGUGCUAUUUCAUGGACUCUAAUAGAGGGUGAUGAAGUGGCUGGUUUUAGUAUAUUUUGGGCAGAUGAUGGUUUAGAUACUGGUCCCAUUUUAUUGCAAAAACAAUGCAAUGUAGAGCCAACAGAUACUUUGGAUACAUUAUAUAAACGUUUCUUAUAUCCUCAGGGCAUUAAGUCCAUGGCUGAGGCUGUAGAUUUAGUGGCCCAGGGUAAGGCCCCUAAGAUAACGCAAACCGAGGUGAAUGCUUCCUAUGAUCCCGCUAUGUUUAAGGCAGAAAAUCAAUAUAUUAAUUUGAAUCAAUCGGCCGAAAGAAUAUGGAAUUUCAUUAGAGCUUUGGACUCAGUCCCUGGGGCUUUAGCUACCGUUAUUAACGAUGAUAAUACAGAAGAAAAUAUUAGAUUAUUUGGUGCCCAUAUCUAUGAAGACAUCCCAGUUAAAUCGGAUCAGUUUAUAAGACUUAAAGGUUUGUCCACACCCGCCUAUAUCCAUGAACGUGGUCUCUUAAUCCAAGGCACUGACAAUAGAUUUGUUAAUGUACGUCGUUUGAAAAAGGGCUCGAAAAUGAUUAAUGCCUGUGAUUGGUUUAAACAGUCUCAAGCCCCUCAAAUUACCAACUUUACUGAGGAUGAGUUAACAAAGAAAGAGAUUUUAGCUAAUAUUUGGUUGUCCAUUUUGAAAUGUCCCAUAGAGGCCGAUACUGACUUCUUUGCUGCCGGUGCUGGUUCCAUGGAUGUUGUCCGAUUGGUGGAGGAAUGUAAGGAUGCUUUUGAUGUGCCCUUGGAAAAUGAACAGGUGUUCAUGGCUCCUGUUUUUGAGGAAUUUUAUUGUGAAAUUGUUAAGGCCUUGAGACAGGGUUCCUCCGGAGACAAUUUAAUGGUUCACUUUGAUGGUUUUGUUUUAAAGGCCAAUAAAAAGGAAAUACCUAUUCCCACCCAACUAUUUAUCAAUGGCCAGUUUGUGGAUGCGGAGAAUCGUAAAACUUUGGAUAUAAUUAAUCCUGCCAAUGAGGAAUUGAUCUGUCAAGUAGCCAGUGCCUCCAGUAAUGAUGUGGAUAAUGCUGUUAAAGCUGCUCAUCAGGCAUUUUAUGGAGCUUGGCGUCAGGUAUCGGCCAGACAAAGAGGUCAACUUAUGCUUAAAUUGGCUGAUUUAAUGGAAGAGCAAAAAGAGGAACUGGCCACCAUAGAAUCGGUGGAUUCGGGUGCUGUUUAUACAUUGGCCUUAAAGACCCAUAUUGGUAUGUCUAUAGAUGCCUGGCGUUACUUUGCCGGUUGGUGUGACAAAAUACAAGGUUCCACUAUACCCGUUAAUCCCGCCAGACCUAAUAAUGUCUUGACUUUUACCAAAAAGGAACCCAUAGGUGUUGUGGGUUUGGUUACUCCCUGGAAUUAUCCUUUGAUGAUGUUGUCCUGGAAAAUGGCUGCCUGUAUAGCUGCCGGUAAUACCUGCUUAAUUAAACCGGCCCAGACAUGUGGUAUGUCAUCGGUCUUCUUUAAUAAGGGUGAAAAUUGUAUAGCUGCCGGUCGCAUUUUCGUAGAAGACACCAUUCAUGACGAAUUUGUGAGAAGAGUAGUUAAGGAUAUACAAUCCAUGACCAUAGGCGAUCCCCUCAAUCGCUCAACGGCCCAUGGGCCUCAAAAUCAUCGUGCCCAUUUCGAAAAACUUAUAGAUUUCUGUCAACGUGGCGUUAAAGAGGGCGCCACUUUAGUGUAUGGUGGCAAGCCGGUACCCAAUAUGAAGGGUUACUACUUUGAACCCACCGUAUUCACCAAUGUCGAGGAUCAUAUGUAUAUUGCUCAAGAGGAAUCAUUUGGUCCCAUUAUGAUUAUUAGCAAAUUCCAUGGUAGUGAUGUGGAAUCGGUUAUGCGUAGAGCCAAUCGCACCGAAUACGGUUUGGCCAGUGGUGUCUUUACUAAGGAUAUCAGUAAAGCACUGUCUUUCGCCGAAAAUAUUGAGGCGGGUACUGUGUUCGUUAAUGUUUAUAAUAAGACUGAUGUGGCGGCACCAUUUGGUGGUUUCAAACAAAGUGGUUUUGGCAAAGAUUUGGGCCAAGAAGCUCUAAAUGAAUAUCUUAAGACUAAAUGUGUAACAGUAGAAUUUUAGGUUUUAGUAAGUGUUUAAUAUUAAGUUAGUUUUAAGUAAAUAUUAAGCUUUAAAGUAAUAAACAGAAAAGUAAAUGUGUGUAAAA